GGAAAAGCAGAAAAAAAAGCCCUAGUCCCACAACGAAAGGCAAUCCCCCAAUUUGACCCGGUCCAUCUUCAAUUCUCUCGUCGACAACCCGUACGACUCGAUUUGAAGCCGCCCACCAUGUCGACAAAGGUCAAGACUGGUCAGCUCUGGGGAAAGAGCAAGGAUGAUCUCACCAACCAGCUGGAGGAGUUGAAGACCGAGCUUAACCAGCUCCGUGUCCAGAAGAUCUCUGGCGGUGCCUCCUCGAAGACCCAGAGAAUCCACGACGUUCGCAAGUCGAUCGCCCGCGUUCUCACCGUCAUCAACCUCAACCAGCGCGCCCAGCUCCGUUUGUUCUACAAGAACAAGGCGUACCUCCCUCUCGACCUCAGACCCAAGUACACCCGUGCCCUGCGCCGCAGACUCACCAAGAACGAGGCCUCCAAGAAGACCCAGAAGCAGGUCAAGAAGGAGAUCCACUUCCCCCAGCGGAAGUACGCCAUUAAGGCUUAAAUAAAAGAUGGGAGCGGAUCUUGGAGUUACGGGAACAAGUCGUUAGUAGAAUGACGAGUUGACUUAGACCUUGCGUGGGUCGGUUUCAACGAAGUUUCUUUUUUCAGCAUACAAAAAAGGACCGUUUUGAUUCUGUAUCGUAGGG